AUGUUUUUCCAAACCCGCUCAAUAGUCAUUCUAGCUAUCGGGAGCGUGACAUUAAGUCACUUACCUAGCGGUGGGAUGGCCGAGUCUGUUUGUGCGAAUUGGUGGAACAGCUUGCCUGCUGGUCAAAAACCAGCAUUCUCGGUCAAAGUGCAUAAACAGCCAGAUGAAAACUGUGGCCGGAUCGAUGGGAGAAACGCUGCAUUUAAUACUACGACCCUGACUCCAGGGACCGGAGCAUGUGGUAUAGCUUACAACGAUGAUACUAAGGGAGCAUGUUUGUGGGGCGGGUUGAACUCAGUGGAACCGGUGCCUCAGGAUCAACAACCCGGAUGGCUUACAGGAGCAAAUACCAAAAACUGCGGGAAAAAGUUUUUCAUAAACCGGGGAGACCAUCAUGCCACUGGAACAUUUGUGGACUCUUGCUCGUUUGCUGGGGCCAAGAAACUUACAAUUGAAGAAGGUUGCUCGACCAUUUAUGUCACUUUAGCUACAUACAAGGAUCUUGGUGGUGAUCCUUCUGGCACAAUGAGAAUUCAAGUUGAUAACUGGGAUUUUGAUGCAAGCACUCCUCCUCAAUGA